AUGUAUAAACAGAAAGGAUUCUCAAAUAAAGACAACAACAGCAAUCAAAAGAUUUAUUUCGAAAAUUUACCAAAUGAGUUAUUACUACAAAUCUUAUCUUACUUGAAUAUCACUGAUAUUUUUCGAUCAUUUCAUGGAUGUAAUAAACGCUUUGAUGAUCUUGUAUAUGCCUCCGCUCGACACAUUACUGUAACAUCUGAUACGAGCAAUCAAUGGCUUGCCGAACAUAUAUCACAACUUGAAUCUAAAAUUGAGAUAGUGAGUGUCAGCAAUGAAUAUUUGGAAUGUCUCUUUGGCAAUCAUUAUUCGUUUCCAAAACUUCGAUUAAUUCAUCUUUAUGGAGAUGAAUGGAAUAUGUCUGUUAGAACUGAAGAUACAUCUACUUUGUUUGCCUUAGUGUCUUCUUUAAAUGUUCUUCGAAAAAUUUAUCAUCGGAUAAAAGAAUUUUCCAUCAAUGGAGAAAAUUGUAUUCGUGAUGUAAGUGAUUAUUCUAAUAGUUUAUUAUGUCCAUUUAUCGAACGUUUAUCAAUCAACAUAUGCUCUGCAAAUCAAUUAUCUGUAAUAAAUGAAUACAUGCCAAAUUUAACUCAUCUGAAAAUCGAUGUUCUGGGACCAGAUUGGGAUGAUAUUAUUAAUUUGAAAAAUACUGUUAGCUUCCAAAGAAUGACACGUUUGGCUUAUUUAAAUAUCACUAUAUACGAAUCAAUGGGCUUUAAUUUAUUUAAACAACUAAUCAAUAGUUGUCAAGCAUCUCUUACGAAUAUAACAGUUAAAAUUCAAUGCAGAGAGUUAAUGGAUGGACAUGAUUUAGAACAAAUAUUCAAAUCAUGUGAAAAAUUAAAGAAAUUGGCAUUUUUCAUUGUAUAUCAAAAUGUGGUAAUUGAUGUAAAUGCCUGUCGCUAUUCUUUUCAAAGUGAAUGGUGGCUUGAUAUACGUCGUCCUGUAGUUUACAUUCAACAUAAUAGUAUUGGUGUUACAAUAAUUGCCUCAAUGCCAUGUCACUUUUCAUUUGCUUUCAAAAAUAAUCUAUAUAAUUGGUAUUUUAAUAAAGAAAUUCAAAAUUCAUCACAUAUUCGUUUUACUAAUAUAAAUGAAAUUGAUAUUACUAAUAAUAUUAAUCAACUGAUUACUCUUGAAUAUUUGUAUGAUAUUGAUCGUAAAUUUUCUUCAUCGAAUCAAUGUUUACGGUUUGAUUUUUGUAAUUUGGAAUCAGUAGAUAUUAUCUAUGAUCUUUUCAUAGAUGAUACAUCAUUAAUGUCGGUCUUACCUAAUGUUAAUCAUUUUAUUGUUAGUUCACAAAACAUACUUGAUUCAAAAAUGUUAACUGUUUGGAUUCUUUUAGCAUCAAAUCUUAAAAUAUUAGAUAUUUCUAAUUUAACUACAUUUAAUAAAUUAGAAUUACCAAAAGAAUUAAAUGAUAUGAUUACUAAUGAGAAAUGUUUACAAUCAAGUUUUAAUCGUAUUAAUAAAUUAAUUAUUUUUAAGACAAGUAUUAUUGUCUGUGAACAAACAAAACAAGAAUUAAUAGUCACAUAUGAAAAAGUUUUUCCUAAUGCAAAUAUUUGUUAA